AUGGCAUCUACAACCUCAAGGGUUGUCGUCAUCGGGGGCUCGAAUGCUGGGAUUGGCGUCUGCCACGGCCUUCUUCAGCAGAUUCCUGAUAUAUCAGUGACCCUUGUGAACCCUUCUAAAGAGUACUAUUUCAACCUUGCCGCUCCUCGCUUCCUCGCGAAAUCAGGUCUUCUCCCCUCGAGCAAGUAUAUCUAUUCCAUUACCGACGUUUUCAGCAAAUAUCCGUGCGAUAGAUUCCGGUUCUUACAAGGAAAAGCCACGGCCAUUGACCUCAAGGGUCAAUAUGUCUGUGUGGACAACCUUACCUCGUCCCCGUUACCGUAUGACUAUCUAGUCAUUGCUUCUGGGAGUACUACUCCAGCAGCAGUUGGAAGAGAGAGCUUCCCUGCGCCAUUCAAGGUACCACUAGAAGGUGAUCUUUCGGCUGCCAUCCAACGCACCCAGGCCGCUGUAGAUUCUGCGAAGACAAUCAUUAUCGGCGGGGCAGGACCAACUGGUGUGGAAUUUGCAGGAGAGAUUGCCGAAGCCUAUGGACACGAUGGGGCCCAGAAGAAGAUCACUCUCGUCUCUGGGACAGACACGGUGCUUGCAGGCUUGACGCCAGGGGUGCAGGACGCUGCAGCGCGAUUGCUGCGGAGUAAAGGCGUCGACCUCAAAACCUCCUCGCGGGUGCGAAAAGCGGAAUAUAAUUUGAAGACAAAACAGUGGGUGGUCACCUUAUCAGCAGGAGAAGUCCUCACGGCAGACCUCUUUAUAUCGGCUAUGGGGAGUGUUCCGAACAAUGACUUUAUUCCACAGUCACUCCUCAACCAGGAAGGGUGGGUUGAUGUGGAUGAGCAUCUUCGAGCAAAGGCUCCCCAGCGUGGAGCAGUCCCCAACGUCUAUGCCCUGGGUGAUAUCACCUCGUUCACAGAUCGGCUUCUUCUGCGGAUCAAGCCUCAAGUCAAAACUGUGGUUGCAAACCUUAAGAAGGACCUUACAGGUGAAGGGAGUGUGAGCGUUUACCGCCCAGGAGAUCAGAUAAGAGUCAUGGUCAUCCCAGUCGGACGUUAUACAGGAACUGGGCUUCUUGGUAAUUGGAAGAUGUGCGGUUUCAUGGUUUCAUUCUUUAAGGGGAGGGACUUCCUUACAAGUAAAGCCGCAUCGUUUAUUGAAGGCUAG